AUGGUCACUACCAACGCAAUUCUAGCCUUCGCUGCAGCUCUAGUGGGAACUUCGUCUGCCCUUGGAAUCAACUGCCGGGGCAGCGGUCUCUGCACGAGUAACAAAGGCAUCCUCGGCGAAGCCCUAGGCCAACUCCGGGGUAUGGACCAGAGCCAGCAGUUCUCUGACGGUCAACACAUCACCUGCGUCAAGUCCUCGGUCACCAUCGGAAAUCCUUCACUCUGCAUCUUCUACCAAAAUACCAACGGGCGAAGGUGGACAGUUGCCCAGACGGCCAGCUUUGUCCAGCAGCUCAUUGACCACGGAUGUGCUGCUUGCGGCAGCGUGCCUACCGAUCCGGGAAACAACGUCAAGAACGGACAACUUACCGCUAACAUGGUGACAAACGCCGCUCGUCGUGGCCUGGACAUGGCCAACAAAAUUGCCAAACGGGAAGAGGCUCGUGAGGAGACACGAGAACCCGAGCCUGUCACCAAGGCCGACGAUUCGACUGCGAUCCUUGCGCGCGCCCUUGGAAUCAACUGCCGUGGUAGCUCAACCUGCGGUGUCGGCGGCAUCGGCCACAGUCCCGCUGGCACGCUCGAGCAGGUUCGUGAUGCUGUUGCCGCCGGUCCUGACGGGAGCUGGACCAACGGGCAGCAUAUUGCCUGUGUGGCACAUGUCACGGGCCGGCUGUGCGCGUUUUAUCAGAACAUUGGAGGCCGGUCGUUCAACAAGCAGCAGAGUGUUACCUUUUUGGAUCAACUGAGGGACCACGGGUGCAAAAACUGUGGCAGCAUCCCUACAGAUCCUGGUAACAAUGUUGGCAAUGGACAGCUGACUGUCAACUUUGUUGCUUAG